GAUUAGCAUAGUUCUAAUACUGAACUUGUAAAGGAAUUCUACUAAAGCAUUUCAUUACUUAAGCAUUAAGCAACAAAGAUGUUUAAGUUAAUAAGCCUGCUGGUAGUGGGUUUAGCCCUAACUGCCAAUGCUAGAGAUUGGUGGGAAAAUGGCAAUUUCUAUCAGGUUUAUCCAAGAUCAUUCAAGGAUAGCAAUGGUGAUGGUAUAGGCGACUUAAAGGGUGUGGCUGAGAAAAUUCAGUACUUAAAGGAUUUGGGCAUGGAUGGUGUUUGGCUGUCACCCAUUAUGAAAUCACCCAUGGCUGACUUUGGUUAUGACAUUUCCGAUUAUUAUCAAAUUCAAGGCGAAUAUGGUACGUUAGAGGAUUUAAUGGAUUUGGCGGAUAAAGCCCACAAAGUGGGUAUAGACUUGAUUUUGGAUUUUGUGCCCAAUCAUACCAGUGAUGAGCAUGAAUGGUUCUUGAAAUCGGUGGCCAAUGAUACACAAUACCGCGAUUUCUAUGUGUGGCAUGAUGGUGUUUAUAAUCCUGAAACCGGUAAACGUGAUCCACCCAGCAAUUGGUUGUCCCAGUUCAAAUUUUCGGCCUGGGAAUGGAAUGACCAAAGACAACAAUACUAUCUACAUCAGUUUGGUGUGAAACAGCCAGAUCUUAAUUACCGUAAUCCCGCUGUGGUCCAGGCCAUGAAAGAUGUUUUGGUAUUUUGGCUAGAUCAUGGCAUAGAUGGUUUUCGUAUUGAUGCUGUGCCUUUCCUGUUUGAGAACGAAAUUGAUCCCCAAACUGGCACCUACCCCGAUGAGCCCUUGGAUGAGUCUAAUGCCUGUCCUGAUCCCACCGAUUGGUGUCAUUUGCUGCAUCCCUACACUAACUCCCUGCCCGAAUCCACCGAAAUGAUUUAUCAAUGGCGUGAGGUGAUUGAGAACUAUAAACGUGAGCACAACACUUCCACCAAGAUCUUGUUAACAGAGGCUUACACCACUUUCGAGAAUCUUAUGCUGAUGUACGGCAAUGGCCAGCGUAAUGGUUCUCAUAUUCCCUUCAAUUUUGAAAUGUUAUCGGGUUUGACUAAGAGCAGCAAGGCCGCGGAUUACCAAUACUAUGUCAAGCAUUGGUUGGAUAAUAUGCCUGAGGGGACCUUUGCUAAUUGGGUCUUGGGUAAUCAUGACAAUCGUAGAUUGGCUUCACGUUUGGGUACUGAACGCAAAGAUUUGGUGAAUAUAUUUUUGCAGACCUUGCCCGGCAUAGCAGUGACUUAUAAUGGUGAAGAAUAUGGCGCCGAAGAUGUCGAAGUUUCUUGGGAGGACACCGUAGAUCCUCAGGGUUGUAAUGCUGGUCGCGAAACUUAUCAAAAAUAUACCAGAGAUCCCGCCAGAACUCCAUUCCGUUGGGAUGCUUCGAAAAAUGCCGGCUUUAGUUCGGCUGAUAAAACUUGGCUGCCUGUGGGUCCUGGCUAUGAACAGGAAAAUGUAGAACUGCAAUUAACAGCUGACAAUAGUCAUUUGAAAAUCUUUAAACAUUUAACUCGUCUAAGAAAAGAGGAACCUGCUUUCAGUGGUAGAACAAUUGAGCCCCAAGUUCAGGGAGAAGUUUUGAUAUAUGAGAGAUCUCCUCCCUCUGCUGACGAUGCUGAGGCCGCUUCCUUUUUGGUGGUAUUGAAUAUUGGCAGCUCAGAUAACGUUUUGGAGUUAAGUCAAUUUGCUGAUAAUGUGGGCUCUCAGGUUGAGGUGGUUGUCAGCUCUAUACAAUCAGGCUUGGAAGAAGGACAACUUGUGGAUUCUGCUAAUUUUGUGGCCAAAGCUAAAGUGGGCUAUGUUUUGCGUUUUGCUUAAAACGUAUAAAGUUUGUUAUUCAUAUAUGUAUAAAAAUAAAUAAAUAUUGCAUUAUAAUAAAAACAUUCAAA